ACCGGCAAGCUGCAUCACUCUUCGCCGCAGAGAUUUGACUACUGUCAGAAGAGACACAAAAAGUUUUACAGCUGACGAACAAACGCUGCUGAGCCGCCGGAGUAGCGACCUGCACACUGAUCCCAUACCUGAUCUGCGCGAGAGGGAGGCGGGUUAACGGAACCUCGGUCAAGUUGCAGAAGGUGCCUCCAGACUUCAGACAUUACUCCUGGCUUACAGAAAAUUACAAUGGCGGACACUUUUGACUGUGACAACUGCAAGGAGUCCUUGUAUGGCCGCAAGUACAUCCAGUCGGAUGACCGUCCCUACUGCAUCCCCUGUUACGACAAUCUGUUCUCAAACACAUGUGAUGAGUGCAAAGAGCUGAUCGGCCAUGACGCCAGAGAGCUCUUCUAUGAGGACCGGCACUAUCAUGAGCACUGCUUCCGCUGUUUCCGCUGUGAUCACUCGCUGGCAGAUGAGCCUUUCACCAGCCAGGAUGACGCGCUGCUCUGCAACGACUGCUACUGUAAUGAGUUCUCCUCCAAGUGUGUCGCCUGCGACAAGGUCGUCAUGCCAGGUACGAAGAAGUUGGAGUAUUCAGGCUCUACAUGGCACGAGGGCUGCUUCAUCUGUCACAGCUGCGAACAGCCGAUUGGCUCGAAGUCCUUCAUCCCUGACAAAGAUGAACACUACUGCGUGUCCUGCUAUGAGGACAAGUUCGCGCCGCGCUGCACACGUUGUAAAAAGACCCUGGCUAAAGGUGGCGUGACCUAUCGGGACGAGCCGUGGCACAAGGAGUGUUUUGUGUGCACCAGCUGCAAGACACAGCUGGCGGGUCAACACUUCACCUCACGGGACGAGAGCCCUUACUGUCUCAAGUGCUUUGGCAGCCUGUACGCCAAGAAGUGCGAGGCCUGCAGCAAACCAAUCACAGGUUUUGGAGGAGGAAAGUACAUCUCAUUUGAGGAACGCCAGUGGCAUCAGCCAUGUUUCACCUGUUCCCAGUGCUCUGCUUCACUGGUGGGCGCCGGCUUUUUCCCUGACGGCGACAGGAUCUUGUGCCGCGACUGCAACACCAACCUAUAGAGCCGUCAAUCACCACAUUCUCGCCCUUUUCUCCCUUGACUUACCGGUCACCCUUCGUCACAGCAUUUACAAGAACUCCAAGUUAUUACCGAGGAAAGUAACGCAGGCUAACAAAUGCUGCCUCUCAGGUUGUUUUUAUAUAGAGAUAAGUUCCUUGUGGUCCCUGUCCGGGUUCGAUGUUCAUCCAGGAGCUAGUGCUGCAUUGUUUGAAAUGAACCAACACAAAGAUUAACUCUUUAACCAAAAAAAGUUAAUGAAUUUUGUGAAAUAAAGUUUAUGGAGUGCCUUUUUAAAAAAAAUAAUAUUGCUAAUAUGUUAUGUACUAUUGAACCAAAGAAAUGCAAAAUGCUCGUCACUUUGCUAAAAGAAUCGUUCAUAUUUUCUAUUAAGAAGUUGCCACUUGAGGUAGAGGUCAGGCUCUGAAGAGAAGACACAGAACACUGAUGCAGUCGAGUAUGUAAACCUCACAAUCUAUAUUUCAAAGUAUGGUGGAGGUUCUGUUCCAAUGCUCUUAUAACUACACUUUUAAGAAAUUUAAAUUAAAGUAUGAACAGAAAGUAAAAACAAGAAGAAAAUGUAUAAACACUUUGCUGAUUAUACUUUCAGUAAAAUAGUCAGAUGAUGGUAGUUGUGAUCAAUAAAGUCAUUUGCACUUUUGAUAAGAUAUUCUCUUCAAGUUAUGUGCACAUAAAGACGCAACUUAAAACACAUGGAACACAGAACACUUUUUUUGUCAUGUACAGUAUUUGCUUUGCAACAACACUUACAUAAAGUUCAAUCUUAUUUCUGUCUUUUUCAUUUGUUGUUAUGAAUCUUUUUUUUUUGUCUUUCUUUUUUUUUAUCACCGUUGCUCAAAGAGCCAGCAUUUAUAACCCAAAAGAAGCUGAAAUAAAAUGCAAUACCGUUCUUGUUUAUUGCAGGAGUAUGCAUGUCUGCUGUUGACGCUGUUACUGUUUUUUGUUUAUCAUUGUUAGUUUUUAACAUGUAUGUGAAAAAAAUACCUAUAUUUCAUUAUUUCAGCUUUGAUGCUGGUGAGUCAGAGUUGCCUGAUAUACAUUUAAAAAUGGAAAACAUGUCAUUGAGGCGAUAACAGUAUGAACUUACUGUAAAAAUAAAAAAAGAUGAUAAUUGACACAGCCAAAUGCUACAUGUUUAGUUUUAUUUGUAAAGUCUUAUUAAAUAAAUGUACACUGACUGAUCUUUGCUGUGCAGUUUUUUUGUAUUAUGUGUGUAUUUGUGGUUACAGUGAAAUAUCCAUCACUGGUUUAUGAGGUCAUAGCUUUCUGUUGACUUGUGUUUACUGUCUAAGUCGGAGAAAACCCUUCUGGUGUGCGUGCACCAGGGGAAGGGCAUAAAAGUUUGUGAGAAAGUGUUAGAGAGAGAAACCAUGUGUGUGUAAUAAAAGACAGUGAAAAGUG